AUGAGAGGGUCUGCAGAAGAGUCGUAUUCCCUUCUCCCUUCCUAUUGUUAUGAGUUGGAGCGUACAAAUCCGGGAACUUUGACAUACAUUGAGACUGAUGCAGCCGACCACUUCUUAUAUUUUUUUAUGUCCAUUGGUUCAUGCAUACGAGGAUUUAAGUCGUCAAUGCGGCCCGUGAUUGCUGUUGAUGCUACCCAUUUGAAGUGCAAGUAUAAAGGUGUUUUGUUUGUUGCGACCGCAUUUGACGGAAAUCGCAACAUAUAUCCUGUUGCCUUUGGGAUUGGAGAUUUGGAGACGGAUGCAGCAUGGGAGUGGUUUUUGAGAAAAUUACAUUGUGCAAUUGGUGAUUGCUCGAAUCUUGUUGUCAUAUCUGAUCGCAAUGUUAGCAUACAACAUGGGUUGCGUAGAGUUUUUCCUGGGGCAAGCCAUGGCGUUGAGAAGUGGUCACGGGCCCACUGUGAUGGACGACGCUAUAAUGUGAUGACAACGAAUAUUGUGGAGUCCAUUAAUUCAGUUCUUCGUUUUGCAAGGAUGCUUCCGGUCCUACACUUGAUCGAUGAAAUCACAAAUUUACUUCUCACUUGGUUUAGUGAACGUCGAGAUUUAGCAAUGAAAUGUCAUUCUACAUUGUGCCCUGAUUUGGGUGAACAGAAGUUAAGGAAGAGGUUAGACGCUGCGUCAAGGAUGAAUGUGGUCAAAAUCAAUGAUGUUGAGUAUAAUGUUUUGGAUGGUGAUUUGAACGGUCUGGUGCACUUGGCAAACCGUAGUUGUACGUGCAGGAAGUUUGACUUGGAGCAACUCCCGUGCAAGCAUGCUAUUGCGGUAUGUCGGCACUUGAAUUUGAACCCCUACUCCUUUGCCUCUUCUUAUUAUACACGAGCUACAUGGGCAGCUGCAUAUGCUGAAUCUAUUUAUCCUGUACCACCUAAAGGCACAUGGGUUAUUCCCGAACAUUUGAACAAUGUCAAAAUCCUUCCUUCUGUUUGUAAGGUUAUGCCGGGCCGUCGCAAAAUGCAAAGAGUACCUUCCAAAGGAGAGGACUCCCGGCAAAAAAAAUGCUCAAGGUGUGGUGUGAAGGGCCACUACCGAAAUACAUGCAAACAAUCUGUCCCUCUCAAGAACUGA